AAAGGAAAUUCGAUUCAAAUGCUUUCUCUUAUUUGUCCAAUCAUCCUUGAAAUGUCAACUAAUUUCGGGCGAUCUCCAGAGUCCGUACUCGUCAACCGUUUCAUAUAUAAAUUGUAAACCCCAUUAGCCCUUAUUGAUAUACUUACAAGUUUCAUAUUAUACGUAACCAAGAGAGAAAAGAUAUAAUCAAGAGGUGAAUAUAUUUUAUCAUGGCGGAAGAGUUUCAGACUGGGAUUUGUGGGGGGAUUUGGUGGAAUUCAUCGAGGAACUCCUUCUCUCCAUGUUCGGCAUCAGGGAUUGGUCUUACUGAUCACAUGGGGAGCUUUCUUUGGUCUAAUACCGAUAUGGUUGAUGUUAAAACAGCAACAAGGUCUUGUGAGGAAUCAAAUAAUUCUGUUUCUGCUGAUAGCUCCAUCGUUUUCCAAACUGCUCAAAAGCCUCAGAACACCGAUUCAGAUAGUGGAGGCAGCAGUGUUUUGAUGGACUCCACCUUGCAAAUGAUGAGUUUUGGCCUUUCUUCCUCCUCUUCAUCGUCCAACGAUUGGAACCCGGCCUUACUUCGUGGAAAUGGGACUGAGAGUUAUCAUUCUAUUAUUCAAGAAGAUACGAAUUCAAGGUUGAAUUACAGGCAAGAACCAGGUAUAGAAAUUUCUCAAAUCCAAAAGGAUUGGGGUCCAAAGAGCUUUACUUGUGCAGCCGAAAAUUCCUUCAUCAAUAGCUUUAGGUCUACUAAUCAAGACUUUACUUUAGAUCAGUCGCAACUCAAGUGUGUCACCAACUCCGAUAACUCUCCAGGCUUAUCCACCGGCUUCCCCAUGGCUUCAUCAACCGCUUCUUAUGGAUACCCUUCACCAACGUUGUAUAGUUUGUUUGAACAAUCGCUUUUCAACAACCGGUCAAACAACUAUUUGUCUUCGUCAUCAAAUUAUGCGACAAAUUGUAAUGAGUUAUCGUCCAAUUCUUGGCCAAAAUUUGCUCCCAGUAACUUAUUAAAACAAUCAUCGCCAAAACAGCAACCAAAUAGCUUGCACUUCUCCAACAACACUCCCUUUUGGAACGCCUCCGCUACAACUGGAUUAAAUGAUAUCAAAGCUGGGUUUUAUUCUUCAUCACACACACAAUUUCUCACACCGAUACUUGAAGAGAAACCCAACUGUCACAGCCUCAAUACAAAGUCUAACAAUGAAGAAGAUAGAGACUCGGGGUCUGCGGUGAAGAAAGUAAGCGGUGAACCUCCAUUCAAAAGGCCUCGAAUUGAAACACCGUCGCCGUUACCGACUUUUAAGGUUCGGAAAGAGAAGCUAGGGGACCGAAUAACUGCUCUCCAGCAAUUGGUUUCACCCUUUGGAAAGACUGAUACAGCAUCAGUUCUCCACGAAGCUAUUGACUAUAUCAAAUUCCUCCACGAUCAAGUCAGUGUUCUAAGUACUCCUUACAUGAAGCAAGGAACUCCAAUUCAACAACAACAGAACUGUCAUAAAGUGAAGGAGGCAGAAGUGGGAAAACAAGAUCUUAGAAGUCGAGGGCUUUGUUUGGUGCCAAUUUCGAGCACAUUCCCAGUUACUAACGAGACUACGGCUGAUUUUUGGACGCCAACAUUUGGAGGAACUUUCAGGUAGAAGAGAAAGGAUGGAGAUUAAGUAAAGUGGAACUACAAAAGCAACUACUGAUACUCUACCACUAAUGAAAGGUCUAAACAAGCCAAUUCCAUAAUGACAACUUGUAUUAAUCAGAAAAAAGGAUAACUGAAAACUUAGAAGCUCCAUUGCUUUGCUGUACCAGUGGCCGUGGUGAGAAAAAGCUAUAAAAAACAAAGAAAAAGGAGAAAAAGAGAAAAGGAAGUGACUCUUCAAAGAUGGACAAACAAUGCUGGGCCAGCUACAAGCAGAAUGAUGGAAGGUAGAAAAAUUAUUAGAAACCACUCAAUAAAGGAAACCACUAAAUGAUAUCAUAUAUAUAUAUAUAUAGUUGAUUGUAAUAAUCGAUGUACUAUUAUACUUGUAUAAUCUUAUCAGAGACAGGAACAGGUGCUAAAUUCAUCGAAAUCAACAUUAGUUUAGAGAUAAUUGUUGUUCUUGUUAUAAUAGCAGGUGAAUUUAGCGGAUUGGCAGGUGAUAACUAUAAGGAGCGCCCUUUUGUUCCUGUUGGUUUGUGUAUGCCAUAGCUAGCUGUCGCUGGCACUACCUUUUAUCAUUUAGGAAAAAAGAAAAAAAUGGAAGAUGAAAGAAAUAAAGUGAUUAAUAUUAUUGUCUUGAA